AUGAAGUAUCUUCGCCUAGCCUCUGUGGCCGCUCUUGUUAGUGCUGCUACUGUUUCCGCCGGCCCAUUGGGCGCCCGCGAACAUGACGGAUACUGCCCCAAGGGCUACACUAUGAGCGUCUACUACAAGACUGUGACUGUGGAAACAUACCCAACUGCGACCUCUGUGGCGUCUACAGUUACCUCGACAUCUACUCCCGUUACUGUCGAGUCCGAAUCCUCUGCUGAGCCCACAGUGGCCUCGUCGUCUACUGUCAUUGCCGUGGAGACUACGACUCCCGUCGCUGUUGUCCAAGUCGAGACUACCACCUCUUCAGCCCCUGCUGUUGAGACCUCUGCUGUUGAGACCUCUGCUGUUGAGACCUCUGCUGUUGAGACCUCUACUGCCGAGGCCGCGGUUGUCAAGACUGCUCCAGUUGUGGCCGUUCUGCCCACUUCGUCAGCCGAGACUGCCGCUGUCAUUAAGACCAUUGCUGCCCCAGCCGUGGAGACCACCGCCGCCGCGCAGACAACCACUCAAGCCCAAGCUCCCGUCGAAGUCGCCAGCACUUCCACCACUCAAGCUCCCGUUGAGGUUGCCAGCACUUCCACCAGCUCUGCUACUUCCUCCGCUUCCACCGUAUCUACUUCCAACAAAUCUACCUCUGCCGCUUCCUCCAGUGGAUUCGCCGGUAAGGCCACCUUCUACGGCGGCAACGUCGGCGGCGGAACUUGCUCGUUCUCCGGAUACACCCUCCCAAGCAACCUCUUCGGCACGGCCCUCUCCCUCCAGCGAUGGGACGAUGCCGCCAACUGCGGUGCCUGUGUAUCCGUCACCGGACCUAAGGGUAACUCCAUCAAGGCAAUGAUCGUCGACCAAUGCCCCGAAUGCGAAAGCAACCACCUCGAUCUCUUCCAAGACGCCUUCGCCGAGCUCUCUGACAUCUCCGCCGGUAUCAUCCCCACCACCUGGUCAUAUGUCUCAUGUGAUCUUGAUGGACCUCUGAAGCUCAAGAACAAGGAGGGCACAUCCGCCUACUGGUUCUCGAUGCAGGUUGUUAAUGCCAACGAGGCUGUGACUGCGUUGGAGGUUAGCACUGAUGGCGGUAGCUCAUGGAAGAGCACCACCCGCACUUACUACAACUUCUUCGAGAACAGUGCUGGAUUCGGCACUAGCACUGUUGAUGUGCGGAUUACCGGUGCCAGUGGCAAGACUGUUAUCGUUAAGGAUGUCGGGGUUAGCUCCGGCAAUGAGGUCACUGCUGGAUCGAACUUGUAA